CUUGGGCCUCUCCCGCGAUGGCCGCCGCAGCCGGGGGCAGCUGCCCCGCCGAGUCGCUGGGCUAUUGCCUGGCCCAGCUGCGGGGCGGGGCCGAGCCCGGGCUGGGCCGGGCCCUGCUGGCCCUGCGGACCCGGCACAUCAAGCAGCCCGGCGGGAUCGAGCGGUUCCGGGCCCGCGGGGGGCUGGGGCCCCUGCUGGGGCUCCUGGCUGGGGCCCUCCGGCCCCGCCGCACCCUCGACCUGGCCCUCAGCAUCCUGGGCAACUGCUGCACCGAGGGGGGGAGCCGGGCCCAGGUGCGGGAGCUGGGGGGGAUCCCCUCGCUGGUUAUGAUCCUGAAAUCGCUUGGAGUCGAAAGUAUCCACAACCGAACAGCACGGGCCCUGGGCAACCUGGCCAUUGAUGUAGAGAACCUGCAGGCUAUCCAUGAUGCCGGCGCGGUGGCACCCCUGGUACAAGUCCUUGCCAGCUCCCAGGACAGCGAGUGCCUACAGAGCAUCAUUCGGGCCCUGCGCAACCUGGGCGCCACCCCAGCGCACCGUCUGGCGCUGGCCCAGCAGGGCGCAGUGCGGGUCAUCUCCGAGCGCCUGGCUGCCAGCCCCGACGACCCCGCCCUGGCUGCUGCGGCUGCCCGGGCCCUGCUAGAGCUCACCAAGGGCUGCAGCCGGGAUUGCGCCGAGCAGCUGAGCCUGGGGGGUGGGGUGGUGCCCCUGGUGGCAUUAGCUGGGCACAGCAAGCGGGCGGUGCAGGAGGCGGCUGUCUCGGCGCUGUCCAAUCUCUGCCUGCAGGGGAUGCUGCGGCCAGCGGUGGGCAAUGCCGGGGGCGUGGCGGUGCUGGUUGGGGAGAUCCAGCGCCGGCGUGGGGCGGGAGCCGCCGGCGCCAUCCUGCAGCCCCUGGUCAGGGCGCUGUGCCUGCUGUGCCGGGAGGCAAUGAACCGCAGCCGGGUGCGGGAGGCCGGCGGGCUAGAGCUGCUGCUGGCGCUGCUGCAGGAUGGGCGCCAGCGAGGCUGCCACGCCCGCGUGGUCGUGGCCUUCGUGGCCUUCUUCUACGACCAGGAGGCGCUGGAGGUUCUGCAGGCCGGCGGGCUGGUGGCCCUGCUGGUGGAGCGGCUGGUGGCCCAGGGCCAGUGGGCUGCGCACUGCGAGGAGGAGGACAAGGAAGAGGAGGGAGACAGCGAGGACGAGCGGGACGCUGCCUCCUUUGACUUCCCCCCCGAGGGGCGACGGGAGAGCGGGGCACCAGAAGGGGAGUCAUCCAGCUUCCAGAGACUCAGGUCCUGGCUGCUCUCCGAGGGUUACAUUGCCAGUCCCGGCGACUUCUCCCCGCAGUGGUCCCCCGAUGGCUCCCUCAGCCCCACCCUCGAGCUGCAGGACGACACGCCAGGGCCUGGCCGGCUGCCUGCGGGGCUGGGCUCCCCCACCUGCUUAGCUCCUCCGUCGCUGGAUCCGGCUGCCAGGGUGCAGUGCUUGGCACCCGUGGCAGAGCCGGACUCAACCGUGGCUGAUGGGAGCCAUGUGGCAGAGACGCCAGGUGCUGAGGCACCAGUCCUGGCACGUUUGGCUACAGCCAGAGCUGACAGGCACCAUCCAGCACAGUUACUGCCAGGCACGGCACCAGAUUUGGCUGCCAGGCACCACACGGCAUUGCCAAAUCCUGCCAGAACGGGUGACCACAGCGCAGCCCCCGUGGUGCUGCUGGCUACACCAAAGUCCACUGGGACCAAGAAAGAUCAUCCGGCACAGAUUGCACCGGAUGCUGCCGGCAGCGCCCGGAACCUACAGGCUCAGUUGCUGCUGUCGGCGACCCCGAAUGAGGAGCUCCCGCCAAACUUCACUCUGACUGACCUGCAAAAUCCUGCAUUGUUCCCGGCUGCGGCAGCCACCGAAGAGUUGUGUCCAGGCAUGCUGGUUCCAGCCGGGCCUGGCUGGCACGUCAUGGCACCAUCAGACAAGCCAGGCCCAGCGCUGGCACCGCCAAUUCCCGCCGGGACAAGCCAGUCUGAUGGGGCACCAAGCCCCAUUCCCGAGCAUCUGCCUCCAAUGUCACCAAUUCCCACUGGGACCAGCCGGUCCGAUCCGGCACCGAGCCCAAUUUCCAAGGAUCUACAUCUGGUUUCUCCUAUUCCUACUGGGACUGCCAGUGACUUCCUGGAGCCCCAGCCCACUGCUUUCUCCUCGCGGCGCCGCGGCAAAUCACGUCCCCAUCCGGACGCGGCCCCCUGCACUCCGGCUCCAUUCCGCCCCCCGGGCGAGGUCCUGGCCCCGCAGUUCUUGCUGUGGGGUGGGGAGGAGGAGCUAUCGGCCCCCGAGGCGCCCGCCCUGCUGCUGCUCUCCCGCUUCUCCCAAGCCGAGGAUCCCAGCCGCAGCCUGGUGACGGGCCCGGUGCUGCGGGGGCUGCUGGCCUAUGUCACCGGAGCCCCCGCCCCGCUACCCCGCUGCCUGCGGCUGCUGCACCGGCUCACGUGCAACCCCGUCUGCCUGGAGGCCUUUGUGCGAUGCCACGCCCCCUCCCUGCUGCGGGCCUGGCUGGUGCUGGGCGUGCCCCCAGAGGAGGCUGCCGCCGUGGGACAAGAGACCCCCAGAACUCCAGGCAGCGGGCACCGGCAUGGCAGGAGGUUCAAGGAGUUGGGCGAGACCCUGCUAUGCAAUCUCUGCGUCCAGGCUGAGUCGGCCUUCGGGGCGGGCGUCCUCACCCACAUGCUGCUCUCGGGCGCCGAGGCUGACCAAGUGGCUUGUGCCAUGGCCCUGCCUCUCAUCUGCAGGAAGAAGUCCCUCUGCCGGAGGCUGCUCCUGGAGCACUCUGGCCUGCGCCUCCUGCUGGCUGCCUUGACACGUGAUGCCGACCCGCCCUUCAUCUUCUACGCUGUGGACUCGCUCUCCCUGCUGCUGGGCGCUGCCACCCCCCUCCCUGCCCCGCCCGCCCCCAAGCGCUCCCGGCUGGCAGCCUCCCCGCCGUGCCCCUACGAGCGGCUGGUGAAGGCGGGCGGGGCGGACCUGCAGUUCCGGUUGGACUCGGGCGCCCUGGUGCUGGCCUCGCGCCAGGCCGCGUGCGCCGGCUCCGACGUCCUGCGGGCCAUGCUGGCGGGCGGGUUUGCUGAGGCGCGCCAGGCCCUGGUGCCCAUCCACGGGGUGGCGCCUGCCCCCUUUCUGGUGCUGACCCACUUCCUGCAUGGCUGCCGGGGCGAGCCGUGCCCGGCCCUGGGGGGCCCGUUCCCACCCGGCGAGGGGGAGCUGGCGGAGCAGACGCUGGCGGUGGCCGAGCAGUUCCUGCUGCCCGAGCUGCAGGAGCUGGUAGAGGAGGCGUUGUGCCGGCAGUACCUGCGCCCUGGCGCCAGCCUGGACCAGCUGUACCGGCUCGGGGAGCGGCUGGGCCGGGGGCAGCUGCUGCGGCGCUGUGCCCGCUACGUCCUGCUGGGGGCGUCAGAGGAGCCCACCAGCCGAGCGGCCGCGCUGGCGCGGAUCCUCCGAGUCACCAGUGACCCCAAGGAACUGGCCCAGGAGCUGCUUGCGGUUGCCAUGGAGACGCCAUGGGGAGUGGGCACUGAUGGGACCUAGGCUAGGGGUCUGGCUGAGGGCACUGCCUGUGCCCCUCUGGGUGGGGGGCUGGGCUUAGGGCACUCUCUGUACCCCUCUGGGUGGGGGGGGGUUGGG